AUGACUGGGAGCAUUGAAACAAGCAAAGAUUUUAUAAGUGAAAAAUCUGAUUUUGAAAUUAUCGAAAAAAAAGAAAGACGAGUUGUUAUCGGAAUUCUAGCGGAUCUUAAAAACUUUGACCGCAGACUUGCUCAGCGAGAAACCUGGCUUUUAUCCUCAAAAUUCGAGCAUAAAUAUCUGAUCGAUGAAUGGAAUGAGAAAUGGAUCGCAGAAAAUAAAACUUAUGGGGAUAUAAUUUCUAUUGACGCAUCAUUUCAUGGAUACGCGAAAGGCUUUUCGGAAAAGCUUUAUCGUUGGUACGAAUUUGUUUCUAAAAAUUAUCCAGAGGGCACAAUCGUGGGCAAAGCAGAUGAUGAUUUUUACGCAUGUGCAAAUCUUUGGGAGACUGUUAUGGAAAAUUACGAUGAUCGAAUGUAUUUUGGCUGGUGGCAUCCUAACGGCCCAAAGGACAACGAUCCCCCUGGUGAUCCAAAUUUUCCAAAAUUAAAAACAGCGAUCCUAGAUAGGCAAUUUUUGGAAGCCUUUGAGUUUCAAAACUGUAAAAGCUCAGAAGGCCAGCCAAACUGCGACGAAAAGAACCCUGAUGUAAGAUUCGGGAAUAACUUUGGAGGGCAAUCUCUUGGUGGCUGGCUAGAGAAUAUUGGCAACAUUCAUGGAGUCAGAAUGAAUGACAGAAUGGUCCACACGAAUCAUGGCCUUGUUGCUCCCUUCCGAAAUCCUCUGAAAAAGCCUUACUGCGGCGAGAUGGUUUCGUAUCACAAAGCCCUGCCAAACUUGCAAAGAUAUUUGGAGUGCUUCGAUCAGAAUAUAACGAAGACACGUGAAUACUGCCACAAAGCUAAAGAUCUUGUAAAAUACUGUCUAGGAAAAAGCUGUCAUCAUAAAAGAUAA